UAAUUGGUAUAAAAGCAUAGACCAGUUCAACGCCAUCAUUGUAUCCUCGUCUCUGUACAGUACACAAACUAAAACAUGAACUCCUUCGCUGUUCUCCUGCUCUGCGUCCAGGCUUGCUUGGUGCAGAAUGUGUUCAGCCAAUGCUGCGGCGGAGCUUACGGCCCCGGUAUGGCCGGUGCUUACGGCGGCUACGGCGCGUACGGCGCGUACGGCGCUAACGGUGCUUACGGUCUCGCCGGUCCCGCUCUCGCGGCGCCGUUUGCUUACGGCGCGUCCUACGGCGGUGAAGGUGUCGGUGACGUAGCGGUCGCCGGUCAACUUCCGGUAGCUGGUACCACCCUGGUCGCUGGACAGGUCCCGAUCCUGGGCGCCGUGGAGUUCGGAGGCAUCGUGCCGGCUGGCGGCGAAGUAUCCAUCGCCGGCAGCUGCGGCUGCGGCUGCAGAGGAUCGUACCGCUACUGAACAGCAACUAAACGAGUUUAACAAAAAUAAGCAAAUAAACACAUUUAAGAGAA